AUGCAAGGCUCUUUUUAAAAGAAGGAAGCUCUAGCCGAAAUCUUUGAUUAAGUAAGAGAUGUAGAUAUAAAAAUCUUUGGGGUCAUAUUAGAAAUGUUUCGAAAGGAGAAAGUUGAAGACUGCAUUGGAUAUCUUUCAGAUAAAGGGAAUCAGAGACAAUUAGAAACAUAAAUUUUACAACAAGUAGAGAACUUCACCCAAGUUGAUAUCGAAUAGAUAUUGUCUGUUGUUAGAAAAGAUUUGAAAAAAACUAAAGAUGUCCUAAAAGAAUUAAAAGACCAUGACUUCAAUAAAUUAGACUAUUCCUCUGAAUAAAAUGAAGAAUCUACAUUAAGUCUAAUUAAUAGCAUCAAUGAUAAUAUAUAGAUCAUAGAAUUUUUGGAAUUGUUAGUUGACCUCACAUCUUUAGAUGACACUUUAAUUCAAUGUGGAUCAAACUCAUUACAUUUAUUAGUUUAGAUGAAGGUGGACCUAAGAAACAAAAAUUUGGAAAACAUAAAGAUCUAAAAUACUUCUUUAGUAGGAGCUAAUUUUAGUCGAUGCAAUUUAAGUGGAUCCUAAUUUAAUAUUGUUAAUAUAAGUGGAAUAAAUUUAAAUGAAGUAUUAUUAAUGAAUUGUGAAUGGAAGAAUUUAAUAAUUCAUGAAUUAAAUACAUUAAAUGGUCAUAGUGAUGGUGUCAGAUCAGUCAGUUUCUCUCCUGAUGGAAAUAUUUUAGCAUCUGGUAGUUUUGAUAAGUCUAUCCGUCUUUGGGAUGUCAAAACAGGAUAAUAAAAAGCCAAAUUAGAUGGUCAUAGUGGAAUUGUCUAGUCAGUCUGCUUCUCUCCUGAUGGAAAUACAUUAGCCUCUAGUAAUUGUGGUAACAAUAUUCAACUAUGGAAUGUUUCAACUAAAAAAAAAAUAGUUAAAUUAAAUGGUCAUUUUAAAGGAGUUUUUUCAGUCUAUUUCUCUCCUGAUGGAAAUACAUUGGCUUCUAGCAGUGAAGAUUAGUCUAUCUGCCUAUGGGAUGUCAAAACAUUAUUAAAAAAAAGAAAAUUGGUUGGUCAUACUAAUUGGGUCGAAUCAAUUUGUUUCUCUCCUGAUGGAAAUACACUAGCCUCUGGUUGUAAUGAUAAGUCUAUCCGUCUAUGGGAUGUUAAAACAGGAUAAUAAAAAGUUAGAUUGGAUGGUCAUAUUGAUUGUAUCCACUCAGUCUGUUUCUCUCCUGAUGGAAAAACACUAGCAUCUGGUAGUGUUGAUUAUAUCCGUUUAUGGAAUGUCAAAACAGGAUAAUAAAAAGCCAAAUUAGAGGGUCAUGCUUGUCAUGUCUACUCAGUUUGUUUCUCUCCUGAUGGAAAUACAUUAGCUUCUGGUUGUAAUGAUAAGUCUAUCCGUCUAUGGAAUGUCAAAACAGGAUAAUAAAAAGCCAAAUUAGAUGGUCAUAGUGAUUAUGUUAAAUCAGUCUGUUUCUCUCCUGAUGGAAAUACAUUAGCUUCUGGUAGUAAGGAUAAGUCUAUCCGUCUAUGGGAUGGCAAAACAGGAUAAAAAAUUAAAAUCUCUAAUAAAAACCACAAAGAUAUUCUUGGAUAAUUUAAGAUUCCACCCAAAUUACAUAGCAAUAUUUCCAAAAGUAAUAUUUAUUUCCUUUCUAAUUUUUAGUCUCCAAUAACAUCAAUACACUCCUUAGAUCCUAAUUGGCAAUAUUCUAAGCAUAAGGAGCUCUAGUUCUUAAAGGAGAAUUUAUCAAUCAUCAAGGCAUUGAUUUGAGACCUUUAUUUAAAUCCAAAGGUAGCUGUCUUUUGGAAAACCAAUUAGACUGCAAUUAAAAAUGA